GCCUCGGGCAACAGGCGGCAACCUACCUCUGGGCAAGGGCCUCGGGCAACAGGUGGCAACCUACCUCUGGGCAGGGGCCUCGGGCAACAGACGGCAAUCUACCCCUGGGCAAGGGCUCGGGCAACAGGUGGCAACCUACCUCUGGGCAGGGGCCUCGGGGACUUAACCGGUAGCGAUGGCUCAAGCACUCAGGGGCACCACAGGACACGGGUGGUUAGUGCACACACAGGGGGGGCAGUUCAGGACACAGGUGGUCAGUGCGCACAACAGGGACAGUUCAGGACACGGGUGGUCAGUGCACACAGGGGGGACAGUUCAGGACACAGGUGGUCAGUGCACACAACAGGGACAGUUCAGGACACGGGUGGUCGGUGCACACAGCGGGGACAGUUCAGAACACGGGUGGUCGGUGCACACAGCGGGGACAGUUCAGAACACGGGUGGUCGGUGCACACAGGGGGGACAGUUCAGGACACAGGUGGUCAGUGCGCACAACAGGGACAGUUCAGG